CAUGACUUCAACAGACACUUGUCCCAGGGAGAAAAAGAAAGAAGAAAAAAAAACCAAAAGUGUCAACUAAAUGCAUCCACACAGUUGUGCAAGAGAAGCUUCAGCGCACGGGCGCGCACAGAGAUGGAGAGCGCGCCGCAGGGGCCGCGGCAGGUUGGGGAGCCGCCGAGCGCGGAGCGCGGAGCUGCGGGGCACCCGAGCCCGGGAGGAGGAGCCGGGGCGGCGGGAGCCUGCGGGCCGGGGCCGCGCGGAGGUCGGGCGCGAUUCCUGCGCGCCCCGUGGCCGCCUGCAGGGGGCAGCACUGCCGGACCGGAGCCCCGGCCGGCCACCUGGGGGCCCCGCGCAGCCCAGCGCAGCCCAGCGCAGCCCGGAGCCGGGUCCCCGGUUUCUCCUCCCCGGGCGUCUGCAGCAGCCGGGCUCCGCGGAGCUCCGCACGCCGCCGCUCCGGCUGUCGGAGCCCGAGCGCAGGGGGAGGCCCCCGACGGAGGCGAGGUGGGGAGGGGGAGGCGGUCUGCGCCUGGGGGAGAGGGCAGCGGCGGCCCCCACCCCCGAGAUCCGCAGCCCCGCCUCCUCGCCCCCUCCCCCUCGGUGGCCGACGAGCCGGGGAGCAUGGACCAGACCCCGCGGCGCUGCCACCAUGACGCCCUCCGGCUUGGUGGCGGUGGCGGCUCUGCUCCUCGGGGUGCUCCUCGGGGCGCACCCCGAGGUGCUCCGCGCUGAGCCGCUGCUCAGGUCCCCCUUCCACCUCCGCCACCGCCCCCGGCCCCCCGCGGGGCCGCAGCGCGCCCCCCACCCGCCGCUCGUGCAGCCGCGGCCGCCCCGGACCCCGCCGCCGCCGCCCCCGCCGCGCCCCCCGGCCGCGCUCGCGGCCCCGCAGCCCGCGGGCUGCCCCGCCGGCGAGCCCCGGGUCAACCUCACGGAGCGCGGCGCCCGGUGCCUGCGCUGGGCGGAGGUGCCGCCCUUCCUGGAGCGCUCGCCCCCGGCCGGCUGGGCUCGGCUGCGCGGCCAGCGCCACAACUGGUGCGGGAGCCCCGACGGCGCGGGCAGACCCUGGUGCUUCUACGAGAGCGGCCCCGGCAGGGUGGACUGGGGCUACUGCCACUGCCGGCGCGGUCCUUGGUUCCCAGUCCUGCGCCUGGCUGGGGGAAGAAGCAUACAUGAGGGCCGAGUGGAGCUCUACCACGCUGGCCAGUGGGGCACAGUCUGUGAUGACCAGUGGGAUGACGCUGAUCGGGAAGUGGUCUGCAGGCAGCUGGGCCUGAGUGGCAUUGCCAAAGCUUGGAGUCAUGCAUAUUUUGGUGAAGGAACUGGCCCAGUGAUAUUAGAUGAAGUUCGCUGCACUGGGAACGAGAUUUCUCUGGAGCAGUGCCCGAAGAAUUCCUGGGGCGAGCAUAACUGUGGCCAUAAAGAAGAUGCUGGAGUAUCCUGCACCCCUCUCACAGAUGGGGUCAUCAGACUCGCAGGUGGUAAAGGCAGUCACGAGGGUCGCCUGGAGGUGUAUUACAGGGGGCAGUGGGGGACCGUCUGUGACGAUGGCUGGACUGAGCUGAAUACAUACGUGGUUUGCCGGCAGCUGGGAUUCAAAUACGGCAGGCAGGCCUCUGGAAAUCACUUUGAAGAUAGCUUGCGGCCCAUAUGGUUGGAUGAUGUUAGCUGCUCAGGGAAGGAAGCCGGUUUCAUCCAGUGUUCCAAGAGUCAGUGGGGACGGCAUGACUGCAGUCAUCGGGAAGAUGUCCGUAUUGUCUGCUUCCCUAGCAGUGAUGGACACAGACUCUCUCUGGGUUUCCCUCUCAGACUGAUGGAUGGGGAGAAUAAGAAGGAAGGACGUGUGGAGGUUUUAAUCAACGGCCAGUGGGGAACAAUCUGUGAUGACGGCUGGACGGAUAAGGAUGCCACUGUGGUUUGUCGACAGCUUGGCUACAAGGGUCCUGCCAGAGCGAGGACCAUGGCUUAUUUUGGGGAAGGCAAAGGACCCAUCCACGUGGACAACGUGAAGUGCACAGGAAGUGAGAGGUCCCUGGCCGACUGUAUCAAACAAGAUAUCGGGAGACACAAUUGUCGCCACAGUGAAGAUGCAGGAGUCAUUUGUGAUUAUUUUGGCAAGAAAGCAUCGGGCAGUGGUCAUAAAGAGAAUCUCUCCUCUGUGUGUGGCCUGAGAUUGCUGCAUCGUCGGCAAAAGCGGAUCAUCGGUGGGAAAAACUCCUUGAGGGGCGGCUGGCCUUGGCAAGCAUCACUCCGGCUGAAGUCAUCCCAUGGAGAUGGUAGGCUCCUCUGUGGGGCCACGCUCUUGAGCAGCUGCUGGGUGCUGACGGCAGCUCACUGUUUCAAGAGGUAUGGCAAUGGCACCAGAAACUAUGUUGUUCGGAUUGGGGAUUAUCACACUCUGGUGCCAGAGGAGUUUGAAGAAGAAAUGGGAGUGGAGCAGAUCGUAAUUCACCGGGCCUAUCGACCAAACAGCAGUGACUAUGACAUCGCCCUGGUGAGAUUACAAGGCCCCGAAGGAGGAGGGUGCGUCAGGUUAAGCAGCCACGUUUUACCAGCCUGUCUGCCACUCUGGAGGGAGAGGCCACAGAAAACAGCCUCCAACUGUUACAUAACAGGAUGGGGUGACACAGGAAGAGCCUAUUCAAGAACUCUUCAACAAGCAGCCAUUCCUUUACUUCCCAAGAGAGUCUGUGAGGUCCGUUAUAGGGGCCGGUUUACAGGAAGGAUGCUCUGUGCUGGAAACCUGCAGGAACACCAGCGUGUGGACAGCUGCCAGGGGGACAGUGGAGGACCACUCAUGUGUGAACGGCCAGGCCAGAGCUGGGUGGUGUUUGGGGUAACCUCCUGGGGGUAUGGCUGUGGGGUCAAGGACUCACCAGGGGUUUACACUAAAGUGUCUGCCUUUGUACCUUGGAUAAAAAGUGUCACUCAACUGUAAUUCUUCAGAGCACCUACCUCUGGGUCAUUCUAUGCAUUUGCCCAUGAACCUGCCCUCUUUCAGACAUGCAUGUUCCCUUGUGCUAAGAGCUGUGUGUGCCCGCUGCUGAAAAGUUGUCAACACUCUAGGAGCAGUGGUUCAUGAGUUAGUGAAGCCAGUGCUGGUUGCAGGUGUCUUUCUCCCUAUCUCCCCUAGAUACCUCAGACUGCUCUAACCUUGACAGAUAGCCCUGAUUCUGCUUAGGCUGGCAAAUGUUUUCGGCCACUUUAGUUCAUCUAUUCCUAUCUGCUCCUGCUCCUAUCUGCUAAAGUGGGAAAAGUGGUUCCUUGAUCUUAGCUUAGUAGCGCCACCUACUGUAGCUUGGUGGUAGUUUGUGAAAUCCUGUAGGCUUCCCAAGGCUAUGGAAUUUUAGGGGCUCAUUAGAGACCUUGGUUUGGCCCAUCUCACUUGCAAUAGAAGCUAUCAAGUGCAGUGAGUGUCCCCCUACCCUCUAUCUGAAGUAUUUAAAAUGAAGACAUUUUUCCAAGAUUAAAAAGGACUCCUGGGGCCAGGUGGUGGCGCACAUGGUUGAGUGCACAGAUUACAGUGCGCAAGGACCCAGGUUUGAGGCCCUGGUGCCCACCUGCAGGGGGAAAGCUUUGUGAGUGGUGAAGCAGGGCUGCAGGUGUCUAUCUCCCUAUCACCCCAUACCCUCAGUUUCUGGCUAUCAAAUAAAGGAAAAGAAUGAUGACUCCUAAUACCCUUGGAAGGUGGAGAUGUAAUUUUCCUCAGAACACUCGAGUGACACUGACAUAUGAAAUCUCCAGUUAACCCUACAAGUAGUAUUUGCUCAUGCAAAGGAUAGAUGCAUGGGAAUAGACUAUCCAAGUAGCCUCUGCUAAAAGUGGUCACGUAGCAUCUCACCCAUUACAUUUUGCAUCAAAUCAUCACUUAAAAUCAAUUGUGGAAAACAAGCCCACAACCUGGUGCUUAUCUAAUGGUGCUGCAAAGUCAUCAUUAAAAAAAAAAAAAAGAUGUGCAAUGCUUUGUCCAAGAUUUUUUCUACAAGCAAGAUUUUGACAGGAGUUUCUUAUGGCACACAGAAGCUAGUGGAAAUUUUCUUACAGAAUCCCCUCAGAGAUCAGCAAAGGUGUUUCAAGAGUGAACAGUUGGCUCUGAAGUGUAAGUGUACUGUUUACUUCCUGUUGUCUGGUGCAGUUGUGUAAAUAAAAACCAUGGCCUUUUCA